CCCCCCGCGAUGCAGGAAUGUCAGACAAAUCAGGAGGACAUUUAGCCUCUGCUUAGAAAUCUCCAAGGAAGAAGAGUCAACCACCACUUCUGAAAGUCUUCUCUACCGACCAACAGCUCUUGCUGCCAGAAAAUUCUUCUCGAUGUUUAGUCAGAAUCUCUUCUUGUAACUUGAAUCUAUUGUUUUGGAUUCUAGACUCGAGUCGAGCAAGAGAAAACAAGUUUGCUCCAUCUUCCAUUCCUUUAGAUAUUUGAAGAUGCAUAUCAUAUACGAUACAUUGUGAAACACCCUGAGAUCUAUGGCUAUAGGGUGGUCUACAAAUUUAAUAAAUUAUCUUCUUCAUAAGCAUCUCAAGCAGAAUAGAAAUGUUUUAGCUCACAAAUCAUUUUGAACCAUCUUGCAAAUUGUGAUGUUAAUCCUACAGAUUGUGAUGUUUCAAUUAUUUCAUAUUAUUUAUUUCUUAAAAUUUAUACAAGGCUUGAUUCUGAACAACCUCUAAGCAGUUUACAAAAAGAAUUAAAUAAAAUCAUUGGUAAAAACAGCUGAAAACGACUAAAAUAUUACAAAAAAUUAAAAUCAGUGAUAAACUAAUAACAGGUUAAAACACAACAACGUCCUACAUAUCUAGGUAGGCUUAUCUAAACAAAAAUGUUUUAGCAGGCACUGAAAAGAGGCCAAGGAUUUGCUGAAUUGAUUAGUCAAAUUUCUAGAAGUUAUUAAGCCAUUCUGUGCUGUUCUUCCGGAAAUCCAGAAGCCAGAAAGAAAAAUUCAGUUCAGAGAAAAGGUUUUAUGGACAGCUAUCACCCUCUUCAUUUUUCUAGUAUGCUGCCAGAUACCAUUGUUUGGAAUAAUGUCCUCCGACUCCGCAGAUCCUUUCUACUGGAUGAGAGUCAUUCUCGCAUCAAACAGAGGCACGUUGAUGGAGCUAGGUAUCUCUCCCAUUGUGACAUCUGGCUUAAUUAUGCAGUUACUGGCUGGAGCCAAGAUCAUUGAAGUUGGUGACACACCAAAAGACAGAGCCCUUUUUAAUGGCGCUCAGAAGUUGUUUGGAAUGAUAAUUACUAUUGGGCAAGCAAUUGUGUAUGUCAUGACUGGGAUGUAUGGAGAUCCUGCAGAAAUGGGGGCUGGAAUUUGUCUCCUGAUUAUAAUUCAGUUGUUUGUUGCUGGCUUGAUAGUGCUGCUACUAGAUGAGCUCUUGCAGAAAGGUUAUGGCUUGGGCUCUGGGAUUUCCCUCUUUAUUGCUACCAACAUCUGUGAAACCAUUGUCUGGAAGGCUUUCAGUCCUACAACUAUUAACACUGGCAGAGGAACUGAAUUUGAAGGUGCCGUCAUUGCGUUGUUCCACCUUUUGGCUACACGAACCGACAAAGUCCGUGCUUUACGGGAGGCUUUCUACCGCCAGAACUUGCCUAAUCUUAUGAAUCUGAUUGCUACAGUAUUUGUGUUUGCUGUAGUUAUAUAUUUUCAGGGAUUUCGUGUUGAUCUCCCAAUCAAGUCUGCUCGAUAUCGCGGACAAUACAGUAGCUAUCCUAUCAAACUCUUUUACACCUCCAACAUUCCCAUCAUUCUUCAGUCUGCCUUAGUUUCCAACCUCUAUGUUAUUUCUCAAAUGCUGUCUGUGCGGUUCAGUGGCAACUUCUUGGUAAACUUACUUGGGCAGUGGGCGGACGUUACUGGUGGUGGUCCAGCACGUGCCUACCCUGUUGGAGGCCUCUGCUAUUACCUCUCGCCUCCAGAAUCCAUGGGUGCUAUAUUUGAGGAUCCUGUCCAUGUAAUUGUUUAUAUCAUAUUUAUGUUGGGUUCCUGUGCAUUUUUCUCCAAGACGUGGAUUGAAGUGUCAGGAUCAUCUGCAAAAGAUGUUGCCAAGCAACUGAAAGAACAGCAAAUGGUGAUGAGAGGCCACAGGGAUACAUCCAUGGUUCAUGAAUUAAACAGGUACAUCCCCACAGCAGCUGCAUUUGGAGGCUUGUGCAUCGGGGCCCUCUCUGUCUUAGCGGACUUCCUUGGUGCCAUUGGCUCAGGCACCGGCAUUCUACUUGCUGUCACCAUUAUUUAUCAAUAUUUUGAGAUAUUUGUCAAAGAACAGGCAGAGGUUGGAGGGGUGGGUGCUUUAUUUUUCUAAAUGUUGAGAUACCAUGUGAUGUGUAAGAAAGGAACUCCUGUAUUUUGAUGACAUGCAAUCUUUUAUUCCAGUAAUGCCAGUCCCGCCCUCACCCCCGUUCCAAAUGCUACUUGCCAUAUUUCUCAUAAUAGGUAUUGCACAAUGCCUGUGUGCAGCUUCUAUUUCAGCUGCCUUAAGAAUAAAGAGUUUACACGGGUUAAAAAUACAAAAAAAAUCCAUUGUUGCCUGUGAUGCUGGAAAAUAGUGCAUCUGCCUUCCUGUGGAAAUAGUCAAAAGAUGCCCAUUUUGCUAGUAGAGAACACUUUGGACACUCCAUCAUGAGGCUUGAAUGUACCUGCACACACUGGCAAAAGGGAACCACAACAAUAGAGUUCCAAGUGGCCACAUGUGAGAAUCCCUGAGCUUAUUUUAAAAAGUACAUGCAAUUUCCCCCCUGAAAUAUAUAUUUACAUGAAUUCCUUUUGAUAUACAACUUAAAGAAAUGUGACCUGUUGCAUACCCCAACUCUCCUGGUGUGGGGUCAGUGUCUGAUGCCUUUGCCAUGCUCCCUUGCAAGCACCAUGCUUUGAAGCCAGGAGGGUGUGUGUGGGAAUUUUAACCAUCUCACUUGCAAAUUUGGGGUCUGUGAAGGCACAUGGGGGAGUAAGGUUGGAAGUCCUUAUCCAAGAUUCCCAGCAGCCAGUAGCAGCCUUCUAAGUGCUGCUUUGCCUUAUUAUAGACCCAUGUGUUCUUUGAAGCAGGGGGAAUAGAUACUGUUGAAACUUCUCCCCUUCUUCUUCCAAAGCCCUAGGUCUUAAAGCAGAGGAAAUUAGCAAGUCAUGCUGAAAAAGAAAUCAUUGUGCUUCUUGGCAGCAGUGUAAGCAGUGUAAACAUUAGACAAUAAACUUAUUUAAUUUAAAUGUUGCUUUAUUUGUUGUGUAAGAUGCUUUACUUACUAGACUUUCAACUCUCCCAUUAAACUCAAGGGACUUAA